CUGUGGAUUGUGAUUGUGAAUUCUAAACCCUCAGUUAUCUCCCAUGGCGGAAACCACUCAAUUGACUCGCCACAUUGAGUCCUACGUUGACUCCUCUUCUUCUGCUGCUCACCAGGCUGCAAGUUUGGACGCAAUUGCCUGUCUCGUAAUCGCUGACGCUUUACCUCUGGAAGCACUGGUUGGAGAGUUAGGGAUGUAUUUGACCACUACAGAUAACGUUGUACGCGCAAGAGGAAUUCUUCUUCUGGCGGAGGUUCUUACUCGUAUUGUAUCAAAACCACUUGGAAGUGCAGCUAUACACAGCUUGGUUGAAUUCUUCAAGGACAGACUGGCAGAUUGGAGAGCAGUACGAGGUGCACUAUUGGGUUGCUUGGCGCUGAUAAGGAGAAAAAGUGUUGUGGGUACGGUAACUUGUAGUGAUGCCACAGCCAUUGCUCAGUCUUUUUUACAAUACUUGCAAGUUCAAUCUUUAGGACAGUUUGACAGGAAGCUAUGCUUUGAACUGCUUGAUUGCCUGCUAGAACACUACUCUGAUGCUGUUACACCGCUGGGGGAGGACCCUAUUUAUGGGAUUUGUGAAGCCAUAGAUGCUGAAAAAGAUCCAGAAUGUUUAAUCCUCGCUUUUCAUAUUGUUGAAUCUUUGGCACAAUUAUAUCCUGAUCCAUCUGGUCUACUUGCAAGCUUUGCUAAAGAUAUUUUUGAUAUUUUAGAACCAUACUUUCCCAUUCACUUUACACAUCCAAUCAGUGGAGAUACUCACUUGCUAAAAGAUGACUUGUCAAGGUCUCUGAUGUCUGCAUUCUCUUCUACUCCUCUUUUUGAGCCAUUUGUCAUUCCUCUGCUUCUUGAGAAACUUUCUUCUUCCCUACAUUCAGCAAAGAUUGAUUCUGUAAAAUAUCUUAGAGCAUGCUCUUCCAAGUAUGGAGCAGAGAGAAUGGCAAAAUAUGCUAGGGCUAUUUGGUCUGCAUUAAAAGACACCAUCACUACCUAUUUGGAGGAGCCAGAUUUUUCUUUUACUCUAGCACCCAUAGAAGGUAUUGGCUUUCCAGAGAAUGAAAUUGUGAUGGAAGCUCUGUCCCUCCUUCAGCAGCUUAUUGUGCAAAAUAGCAGUUUGCUAGUUAGCUUGAUAAUUGACGAUGGCGAUGUCAACAUUAUUAUCAACACCAUUGCCUCUUAUGAGAUAUAUGAUGCUAUUCCUGUGCAAGAAAAGAAGAAACUACAUGCUGUUGGUCGUAUUCUCUUUAUUGCUGCCAAGACUACCAUUUCUUCUUGCAAUGCAGUGUUUGAAAGUCUCUUCUCCAGAAUGAUGGAUAAUUUGGGAUUUUCUGUUACUAAUAUCGAUAGCUUGGCAAAUGGUGAUACUUUUCCCCCUUUGAGAGUUAAGUUUGGAUUCCUUUAUCUCUGCAUUGAACUACUUGCAGGAUGCAGGGAAUUAGCUGUUGCAUCUGAGGAAGCAGCACUGCAACAUGUUUUUGAGCAUGAGACAUUUUGCACUAUGCUUCAUAGUUUUUCAACUCCAUUAUUGAAUGCCUUUGGUUCAGUAUUGGCAGUAAGUGCUGACAGAUGUCUCCUUGAUCCAGAUAUAUACGUUGGAGUGAAGGGUUUGCAGAUACUUGCUAUGUUUCAUUUAGAUGUUUUUCCAAUACAAAAAUCAAUAUUCGAGAAUAUUUUGAAGAAAUUCAUGUCAAUUAUCAUAGAGGAUUUCAACAAAACAAUAUUGUGGGAAGCAGCAUUGAAAGCUUUAUUUCAUAUUGGCUCAUUUGUUCAAAAGUUUGAUGAGUCUGAAAAAGCUAUGUGCUACAGGAGUUCUGUUGUAGAAAAAAUUGUGGAACUUCUGUCUCUGGACAACACUAAUCUGCCUUUUUCACUCAAAGUGGAAGCAUUAUCUGAUAUAGGCAUGACUGGAAUGAAAAAUAUGCUGACAAUUCUUCAAGGUUUGGGAGGAGCUGUAUUGGCCAAUCUAUCUAAGGUUUAUGUCCAUAGAAAUUUAAGGUCUUCAGAAAUUGCUCUUCAGCUUUUGGAGUGCUAUUCUUGCAAGUUGCUCCCAUGGAUCCAUGAAAAUGGAAGUUCAGAGGAUUUUGCAGUACAAUUUGCUAUGGACAUUUGGAGUCAAGCAGGAAACUGCAUGGAUUUCAGUGCUCCAUUUGAGGAAAAGGUUCUUCUUGAUGCAAUGAUGAAAGCAAUGAAACUUUCUGUUGCAAGUUGCUCUAUAGAGAGUCAAAAUCUUAUAAUUCAAAAAGCUUACAGUAUACUAUCAUCGCAUACCAACUUCCGGCUUAAAGAAGUGGAAAGAUUACCACUAACUCCUGGAAAAUAUGACAUUUCCCUUAGAGAUGAAUGGAUACUUUCAUUAUUUGCAUCAGUAGUUAUUGCAGUUUGCCCCAAAACACACAUUCCAAAUAUAAAAAUACUUAUGCAUUUAUUUAUAAUAACCCUCCUCAGGGGUGUUGUUCCAGUUGCACAGGCCUUGGGUUCCAUACUUAACAAAUUUGUUUCAGUAUCCAACAGUGCAGAGAACCCUAGCGAUCUUACUCUGGAAGAAGCUCUGGAUGUUAUAUUUAACACAAAAAUAUGGUUUUCUAGUAUGAGCAAUGGAAGUAAUGGGAAUGAAAUGGUUCUUACUAAAAUAUGCCUGGGCAUUGCAAAUGAUAGGUUGCUUCAAAUCAAUGCCAUUUGGGGGCUCUCAUGGAUUGGAAAAGGUUUACUUCUGCGCGGUCAUGAAAAGAUUAAAGACAUCACUAUGAUUUUUGUGGAGUGCUUAAUAUCAGCCACAAAGACUGCCUUGCCUUCAAUCAAAGAUUCAUUUGAAAAUACUGAAAAGCAGAUUCAGGAUCCUUUAGUAAUGAAAUGCGCUGCUGAUGCUUUUCAUAUUCUUAUGAGUGAUUCAGAAGUUUGUUUGAACAGAAAAUUUCAUGCCAUAAUACGGCCUCUAUAUAAGCAACGAUUUUUCUCUUCUAUGAUGCCUAUCUUUCAACAGUUGAUUACAAAAUCUUAUUCUUCACUGUCCAGAUCUUUCUUGUAUCGGUCUCUAGCGCAUAUCAUUUCAGAUACUCCACUGAUAGUUAUAUUGAAUGAAGCUAAAAAGCUCAUACCAAUUCUCCUGGAUUGCUUGUCCCUGUUAACAGAAGAUACCCAAGAUAAAGAUAUCUUGUAUGGUCUGUUGCUGGUCUUAUCUGGGAUAUUGACAGAGAAAAAUGGACAAGAAGCUGUCACUGAGAAUGUACGUAUUAUCAUCAGUUGUCUGAUUAAGCUUGUGGACUACCCUCAUAAAACGCUUGUUCGAGAGACAGCUAUUCAAUGCCUCGUUGCCUUGGCUGAGCUGCCCCAUACUCGUAUCUAUCCUAUGAGGACACAGGUUCUACGAGCAAUAUCGAUGUGUAUUGACGAUAGAAAGAGAGCCGUUCGCCAUGAAGCUGUCAAAUGUCGGCAAGCAUGGGCAUCGAUGUCAUCCAGGAGUCUUCAUUUCUGAAGUUCAAAACCAACUUCCAAGGCUUCUGGAAAUGCUUUUGAACCUUGUUUUCUGAUAGAGAUUCUUUCUUCAGAUGGAAAAUCUGAAAUUUUUUUAAAUCGUAGAUAAUAACUUGUAAAUAUUGUAGGUUAUUAAUCUUAUUGUGCACAUCUAUAUCUGCGUUAACGACUAAUAGGUGAUAGUUAUCAAUUUGGUUGUGGAUGAUGUAA